CGCGCUUGCGCAAUGGACGAGGGCUCACUAUGUGGCAGGCGGGCGGACGCUAUUGGGCAGCGACUCGGGGCCCGGCUCGUGUUACCCGGGAACGAAGGCGCUAGCUACAAGGGCUCGGUGCGUACCGGCCCGACCCCCUGCCAGCAAUCGGCCGCCCAGCAGGCUCGCUCUUCUGACACCUACCCGGCGGCGCUUUCGUCUGGGGGAAGGUUUACUCACCGGCAGCCUGGGGAGAAUCUCGGCCGAACAGCGGUGACAGAAAUAGCGAGGCUGUGAGGAAGCCUCCGCCAUACUCACUUACAACUACCACCUGCUCAGAUGACAAUGGUUCCGGACAGGGCAUCACCCUGCACAUCACACAGUGCGCACUGAGUCUGCUCUAUCACACAAAUGGAGGUUCCGGGACACAAAACCUGCGUGCAAGACUCUGAAAGAUGUUUGUAGUAUACAGUGCUGGAGUAUGUUGGCUGCAGCAAGGAAGAAAUGGAAAAUGCCAGGCUUUGUCCAUGACUCGGAUCGAUCGAGAGGAAUGUUGCACGAGUGGAAGUGCUCAGGCUGCAUGGACAAAUCAGGACAUACCAGAAAGUGAUAUUUUAAAACUUAUAAUUCUUGGCGGAGUGAAUUGCUACCCAUGUCACAAAACCUGUGAGGGUGUGGACUGUGGACCGGGGAAGAUCUGCAAAAUGAACAAACAUAAUAAGCCAACAUGCAUCUGUGCGCCUGACUGCUCAAAUGUCACAAAGAGGGUACCUGUAUGCGGGACUGACGGUAAAAUCUACAGGGAUGAAUGCAGCCUCCUUUUGGCAAAAUGCAGAGGGUUGCCAGAAUUGGAAGUGCAGUAUCAGGGAGAAUGCAAAAAGUCUUGCACACAGGUUUCGUGUCCGGGAACCUCCAUGUGUGUGAUAGACCAGACUCACAGUGCACACUGUGUGAUGUGCAGGGUGAUGCCCUGCCCGGAUCCAUUGUCGUCUGAGCAGGCGCUCUGUGGCAACAACGGUGCCACCUACCACAGCGUCUGCCACCUGAGACGUGCCACUUGUUUGCUGGGAAAAUCCAUUGGUGUUGCCCACUAUGGUCGAUGUAACUCCUCAGAAGAAGGAAUGAAGCAGAAAGGAUACAAUCAAGAAAACACGGUGUUUUCAAAACUCCUCGGAUGGUAGUUCAUAAGUGAAUAAAGAUAUUAUUAGCAGAGAAGAAAAAGACAUUGGGUAAAAAUUCCUCUGAUUAUUAGGGUAGUCCCUUUGCUACCUAAGUGUGAAUACAAGGUCAGAAACAAAGCAACCAUUCACUUCUUUCCACUGAUUAUGCAUCUAAUUUGUUGGUGCAUGCAUCCACAGACCUAGGGCUUGUGAGUUUUUAUUUACAUUCUAACAUCACAGUAAUUAAAGUAGCUUCAGGUUGGACAUCAUAUUUGCAUUCUUAUAAUGAUGUAAGCAGAGCAGAAAGAAUCACACAGUACCUGGGAAGAAAGAGUAUUACAGUGAACUCCUCUACAUUAAAGUCUAGAGCAGGAGUUCCCAACAUUUUUAAGCCAUCGACCAAUACCGUAAGCAGGGGGUCCGUGGACUCCAGUUGGGAGCCCCUGGUCUAGUGUGACAUGAAUGGAGAUGUUUGAGUCAUUGACUUGUAUGGCACAAAUCUAUGAUUCUAAUAUUAGCAUCAGUGUCACGUCAGGCAUUGAGGAUGGGUGUAGAUAGGCAAAAAAGGUCAUUAUGGAUCCUUUAGCCCAUCAUGUCAGUUCUGAGUGUUUUGCCCUUCCACAUCCACCCCACUUGCCUACGUCCGUUCAAACCACUCUGGCCUUUUACCUCUUCUCACUUGCCAAUCACUUCCCUCUGGAUCCCCUCUUCCUUCCCUUGCUCCUACAGUCCAUUCUCCUUUCCUUUCAGAUUCCUUCUUCUCCAGCCCUUUACCUUUCCUACACACCUGGCUUCACCUAUCACCUUCCAGUAAGCCUCCUUCCCCUCCCCACCUUCUUAUUCUGGUGUCUUCCCCUUCACUCUCAGUUCUGAAGAAGGGUUUUGGCCCAAAAUGCCAAUUGUUUAUUCAUUUCCAUUGAUGCUGCCUGACCUGCAGAGUUCCUCUAGCAUUUUGUGUGUGUUACAUUAGGAGCAUAUCUGUUUAUACCUUAGGAGCAACACACAAAAUGCUGGAAAAAUUCAAGGAGUCAGCCAGCAUCCAUGGUGGGAAAUGGACAGUCUACAUUUUCAGCUGCUAAGCUCUUCAAGCUUUUUGUGUGUUUCUGCAGAUUUCUGCAUUGCAUCUUCCUGUGACAUCUCUCUUACACCUUUCCUAUAUAGUCAUUAUCAUCAUUAUUAUGUGCCAUGCCAUAUAAUAUGGGCGACCGUAGUUUAUCUUUGACCAUGAUUGUUCUUGGCAAAGUUUUCUACAGAAGUGAAUUGCCAUUGCCUUCUUCUGGGCAGUGUCUUCACAAGACAGGUGACCGCAGUCAUUAUCAAUACUCUUCCAAACAUUGUCUGCCUGGCGUCCAUUAUUGCAUCACCAGGACUUGCGAUAUGCACCAACUACUCAUACGACCAUCUACCACUGGAACACAUGGCUUUGCAUGGCCCUGAUGGGGGGGCUAAGCAGAUGCUAUACCUUGCUCAAGGGGACCUGCAGGAUAGCAGAGGGAAAGAGCACCUUACAUUGGCAGAGAUGUAUCUCCACCCCGGCACCCAUCCUUUGUCUGUCUAAAUACCCCUUAAUAAGCCACUUCUCUUAUCUCCAUCGCCUCCUGUGGCAGCACUCUUUGUAAGUGACUCCUUCAUCUGGGAAGAGCAAGGGAGGAUACCCAAGGGGAUUAGAGAGCAUGAGAAGCAGGCCACUGAGACCUUUUAUGGCAGUGUGAUACUGCAAACAAAGCCAAAUGCCCAUACCUUUUGAACGUUGUUAACAAUGACUGGAGCCAUUUCGUAGAAUCAGGCCCAGAAAGAAGUGCAAUAGGGAAUUGAAGUGUACAAGAUAACGAUAGGCAUAGAUUAAGACUUUUUCGUAGGGCAGAAAUGGCUAAUACAAGAGAGCAUGAUUUUAAGGUGAUUUGGAGGAAAAUAUUGGAGAUAAGCUUUUUUACACAGAGUGGUAGGUGUAUAGAAUGCACUGCCAGGGGUAGUGGUAGAGGCAGGUACAUUAGGGACAUUUAAGAGACUCUUAGAUAGGCAGAUAGUUGAUAGAAUAAUGGAAGCUAUAUAGAAUGUUUAGAUUGAUCUUGUGCAGGUUAAAAGAUUGGCACAAUGUCUUGGGCUGAAGGGCACAUAGUGUGUUGUAAUGCAAUUCUCUUCAUUUACAAUUCAAAACUAAAUUAACAAGGUCAUCAACAAGUUGUUUAUAUAUCAAUUUAUCACAAUCCUGAUUUCAGCAUCAGAAUCUGAUGCAUUUUUACCGAAUGUGUGGCAUCAGCAAGCACGCAGUUCCACUGGCUGUUCAUAUUCAAUCAUUUGUGCAGCUGGGUCAAAUAAAAUUGUGUUUACAGCAUGUUCAAAUGGCAGAGUUAAGACAAUCAUUCUAAGGAAUACAGGAGGAUUGGGAGAGAAAACCGAUGAUCUCUGGCAUGAUCUCAUUUACAAAGCAUUUACAAAGCUUUAAACCUGGAGCUUUAAAGGGUUCCAGGGUCCACGUUGCUUCUAUGCCUUACAUAAUUGUGGAUAGUCUUUGUGAAUAACAUUGUAUGUCUUUUGUCUUUCAUCUAUUCUUCUGCCUAGAGCUGCUGCCCUACUGUAGCCUUUAACUAUCUGUAAUCAUUUCCAGAACUUCUCCCGUGACUGGAUGUCACAGUCUUCCUUUUCCCUGUGGGAAUGCUACUCUUUGCAUACUGCACAUUUGGAAAACCUCACUGUGCUCUAUCGACGCCUAUUAAGUGCCUAUUUAGAUCACUUAAUGACUCAGGAACAUUUUGUUUUUCCAAGUUUCCUCUGAUAAGACUCACAUGAAGAGACAUUACAGAAGUCAGUAAGGUUCUUUCCUGAAAAUUCAUCAUGUUCUCAGAGCAGCAAGAGGAAUUUCAACCCUGCAAUGUUUAUAUUGUACAUACUAAUACCAUAUAUUUAUUGUAAGAAAAGCAGCGAAGAAAAUACUCCAUUUUAUUUAUACAUUAUUAUAAAUGUUUUUAUCAGAUGUUUGUCAUUACCAUCUGAUGUAAUUAUAAUUAUUUCUCACAAAAUUUGCUAUUUUUUGAUCACAUUUUCAACUGUAUAAAUGGAAUUACAGUGGAUUCCAGUUAAUUGGGACACAUUGGGACCAGUAUAUUUUGGCCCAGUUAAGCGGCUGCCCCAAUUGGCCAAAGUUUCAUGGAAACAGGUAAAAAGAUAUAAAGUAGAUAAACUGCCAUUUAACUAAGUAACAAAUUUUGUAUUUAAAUGAAAUACAGAACAAAUUAGAAUACUACUAAUACUACUACAGUGCUAUAAAAAUGUGCAUUAGUUUGUGAUAGUUAUCAGUGGAGGAAUUCACCCAGUGUAUGCUGCUGUCCUCUUUAGAUCAACUGUAAAUGAACAAAAUCAGCGCAGACACUGAGGGUCAUAAACACCAGGAAUUGCCCUGCAGGCAGCUGGGGUAAUUAGCAUCUGUUGGCUCAAAUGGUCAACAUAACACAAGUGCACACAUGCAAUUUACACUUUAAAAACUGUUCACUCUUAACAUGUCUAAUGAUCACAGAAGUGGACACAAUUGACACUAGUUAGAAAUUGUUCGGCAACAGUCUCCUGCCCCAUUUAAGUGGCAUGGUGUCCCAAAUAAACAAAAGGAAUCCCAGCUAUUUUCUCAGUUAAUUUUUGUUCUUUAAGGCUUGCCCCAAAUAAGCUGCUGCCCCAAUUAACCGAAAGCCCAAUAAAGCGAAUCCGCUGUAUUUUGCAUCUUACCACACUGUGUUAAGCUGUUUGAAUCCAACAACUAUCUUCAUUUGGAAUAUAUUAUCAGUCAUGUAAGAUGAAAGAUGUACAUAAUUAAUAACACAUUUGGGGAUAAAACUACAUUGUUUAGUAUUAGCAACAAGGAUUGGUUGGAAAUUUGCUUAUUGAACUGAUCAAUUAAAAUAAUGACCAUGAGGAGGUCCCAUGAAUGUCUUUGUUGCUCAUAACACACAAUGCAUUAUCCCCCAUUUUAUAGCAAACUUCUGCAUCUCAAUUACAUGCUUGCUGUUAUAUUGAAUUGAUAUUCUCAUG